UGGGGGAGGGGCGCGGCGCCCCAUCUAGAGUCGCCACCGUCCGGGUCCCCCGCGCGCCCGUAGCCCGCCGGUCCUCCUGCAGCCCGCCUGCUGGGCAGGGCCGGCUCGGCCCGGCCAUGGAGUCCUACGACAUCAUCGCCAACCAGCCCGUAGUCAUCGACAAUGGUUCAGGGGUGAUCAAGGCUGGUUUUGCAGGGGACCAGAUUCCUAAGUACUGUUUCCCAAACUAUGUUGGACGGCCCAAGCACGUGCGGAUUAUGGCUGGAGGCCUGGAGGGGGACCUCUUCAUUGGACCGAAGGCAGAGGAGCACCGAGGGCUGCUGACCAUCCGCUACCCCAUGGAGCACGGUGUGGUGCGAGACUGGAAUGACAUGGAGCGCAUCUGGCAGUACGUCUACUCUAAGGACCAGCUGCAGACCUUCUCCGAGGAGCAUCCUGUUCUUCUGACGGAAGCCCCACUGAACCCCAGUAAGAACCGGGAGAAGGCGGCAGAGGUGUUCUUUGAGACCUUCAAUGUUCCUGCACUGUUCAUCUCCAUGCAGGCCGUGCUCAGCCUGUAUGCAACAGGGCGCACAACAGGAGUGGUUUUGGACUCGGGGGACGGGGUCACUCACGCUGUCCCCAUCUAUGAGGGCUUUGCCAUGCCACACUCCAUCAUGCGGGUAGACAUCGCGGGCCGUGACGUCUCUCGAUAUUUGAGGCUGCUGCUGCGCAAGGAAGGGGCUGACUUCCACACCUCGGCUGAGUUUGAGGUUGUCCGGACCAUCAAAGAGCGAGCCUGCUACCUGUCCAUCAACCCGCAAAAGGACGAGGCUCUAGAGACCGAGAAGGUGCAGUACACCCUUCCAGACGGCAGCACACUUGAUGUGGGGCCCGCACGCUUCCGGGCCCCUGAGCUGCUGUUCCAGCCAGACCUGGUGGGGGAUGAGAGUGAGGGGCUCCAUGAAGUCCUGGUCUUCGCCAUCCACAAGUCCGACAUGGACCUUCGCCGGACGCUCUUCUCCAAUAUUGUGCUCUCAGGGGGUUCAACACUCUUUAAAGGCUUUGGAGACAGGUUACUAAGUGAGGUAAAGAAGCUCGCCCCAAAGGACGUUAAAAUCAAGAUUUCAGCCCCUCAGGAACGGCUAUACUCCACGUGGAUCGGCGGCUCCAUCCUCGCCUCCCUGGACACCUUCAAGAAGAUGUGGGUAUCCAAAAAGGAAUACGAAGAAGAUGGCUCCCGUGCGAUUCACCGCAAAACCUUCUAAUGCCCAGGGAGGGUGGACGUUCUGGGGGAGGGGAGGGG